CAUAUGCGCAGUCUCGUACCCGUCAAACAUCAAAAUCGAAGUCCAUAAAUGUAAACAUUGCUAUCUUUAAAUCCUGUAAUGGUUUAUUGAGACAUAAUUUUAUUUCUUAAGAUAAGAUUUAGAUUGUCCCAGCUAGGUUUUGCGACCACAUUAGAUAGUGCUUUCAGUUUGUUUUUGAAUCCGGAAGUGUGAGCUUAGGGCGUGGAAAAUGGUGAAUUGCGCGCCCGUAGAAGUAUCUGUGAACGAAUGCGUAGAUCUAAGUAAAGUGCCAUUAAGUGCUCUGAACCAUCGAACAUAUCAAUUACUGUCGGCGUUAUUGAAUCGGAAGAAAAUAUUCAAAUCAGAGGACGGCUAUUGUCGCGACUGGCGAGGAUUGUUUCAAGCACUCAAAUUGGAGAACCAUUUGCUCGCAGAGUUGGAGAGUCACAAAAAUCCGACUAAAAGGUUGCUGGAUAUUUGGGAGGAAUCAUCAAAAGGAGCUAAUCUAAAACAGCUUCAGGAAUUUCUCGGUAUAAUUGACAGAUGGGAUGUUUUGGACGAUAGCAGUAAGUUGAUUUAUAAUGACGCAGAAACAUUUUUAUCGAAGAAAUCUAAUCAGACCAGUACAAUCCAAACAGAAGAGCUUGGCUACAGCGAAGGAACCGACGAAGACAUCAUCACGAGGGAUGAUACACGACAGAAAAAGCAAUUUUAUGAUGCCUUUAUUUUAUUUGCCGACGCCGAUAUUGAAUUUGCAACUAAGAUCAUGGAACGUAUGGAAGAGAGGAAAUUGAAGCUUUGCGUAAAGGAUAGAGACCUACUUGCCGGUAUAACGUUCGAGCAUGAAGCCAUCAUUAAACUAAUCACCGAGCGAUGCAGACGUUUAGUUGUUGUCAUUUCGAGAGAAUUUUUGAAAAGUUCGCUGAAUAACUUCUUCGUUAUGUAUGCUCAAGCUUUGCAAAUUGAUCAAAAGAAGAGGAAAAUUAUACCGUGUGUAUAUGAAAGGUUGGAGCUCCCAGCAAAUCUAAAGUUUUACUUUAUCUUGGAUUAUAAACGGUCAAACAAACUGUACAACUUCUGGGAUAAGUUGGAAGAUGCCAUUAAAGUUCGAACGGAUUCACCUGAGAGCGUAAUCAAGAAUCAAUCAAAAUCAACGGGAUCAGGUAACAUUCCACAAAUAAAAGUUGAAGUCGUGAACGAUCCAUCGGAUGUUAAAACCGUACAACUACCACACAACGGAGAAGAACCGUCCGCUGUAACCUCGAAUACAUCAACGCAAUACGCAUUUUCUCAACAGCCGAUCCAACAGAAAUCUCUAUCCUCUUGGGAUUUGAGCAACACGCUUAACCGUGUCCUAACCAGCAAAUCCAAGAAUGCAUCGUCGAGUGCAUCUGAACUUCCAUCCGGGGCAGAUGCUAAUGAUCAGGAGUUAAAGAAAGUGAAAUGGUAUUCUAAGCUAAGGCUAUCCUCCAGUAAAUCCAGCUUGGAUGGUACCAGUGAUAGGUCGGAGAAGAAGAAGAGCAAAUGGUACAAACCCAGUAAAAAGAUAGCAACUGCAAUGUGAUAUGCAAACUUGAGUGCCUUUAUAUCAACAAGGUUGACAUUACCCAUGUUUUAUAUUAUGUUAACUUUCGAAACAAGAAGAAUCACAUAUAAGCAAUGUUUUGUUUAAUUAUAGAUACGCACAAUAAAGUUUU